AUGAAAUUUUAAAUCUUUUUAAUUAUUUCAUAGCAAUUUCUUAGUUUUGUAUUUUCAGCAUGUGUAGAUCAAACUAGAACACCAAUGAUAAUUGGUAAAAUACCACCAUGUCCAUUUUAUGAUAAUUAACCAGUUUGUUGUAGACAAGAUAAUAUAGAUUAAAUGACUUCAAAUUAUCGUUCAAUUGAUGCAACAUUUGGUUAAGAUGGAGGAGGAUGUGAUAUGUAUUUUUAAAUCCUAGUUUAUUUUUAGUUGUGGAGCUAAUUUGAAGAGAUUUUGGUGCAUUUAUACUUGUGAUCCAGAUCAAACAGAUUUCAUGGAAUAUACGGGUAGAGCUAAUGUUACAGAUCCUGGAAAUAAAAAUAAAUUAAUAGAAGUAUAACUUGUAUCCUUAAGAACUAAACCAACUAUAGCAUGUGUAAAUAUAUUCAACUAAUUAAAUUAGGAAGUUUAUUCCUCAUGUUCUAGAACUUCUUUUGUCAAUUAAGUAUCAGCUAUGUAAUCACCUGGAGGAUUUUUCAAUUUUUUAGGAGAAUAAGCCAUGUAUUUAAAUUUAUUGAAUAUCUAAGUUCAUAAGGAUAAUAAUUUAUUACCUUUGAGUUUUAAGAACAUGAUUCUAUGAUUAUGGAUAAUACAUGGAUGUGCAAUCAUAAAUCAGAAAUUACCACUGUUGAUGAUAAUGGAAUUAUUCAUUAUUGGGAUCAAUAUGGAUAUGAACUUAAAUAACAAUGUUAAUGUAAUACUUGUGAAGAUAGUUGUGAUGCAAAUUAAAUUUUGUAUUAACCUACAGGAGUCUUAUAUGGAUUUGAGACAUCUUAUGUACUAUAUACAUGGCUAAUUGUUAUACUAUUUGCACUUGGUAUUACAAUCAUUAGAAAAUAUCAAAAAAAUAAAGUAGCUAUCGAAAAUUUAGAAAUUGGACUAAUUACAAGUUGA